AUGUGGAUAUUCUCGGGUAAGACCUCGGAGAGCAUUACCUCGGCCUCCACCCUUGGCUCCGUUCUGGGCUCUUACGGGUCUGACGAUUCCCUCGCCUCCUACACCCUCCUCCCACCCUCAGCUGAGGAGCUUCUCCCUGGUCCCUUCGAUCUUCACUGGCUGCGUCAGUCCGCCAUCUCUCAGCGCAAAUCCAGCGAUCGUGUCACCAUCUUCUCUUGCCUCCGCCUCCCCUCUUCCGACUCCGCUGCCGCUACCGCCGUCCUCUCCCAGGCCGUGAAGAGGAUGAAAACCCUACGUCAUCCCAACAUCCUCAACUGGCUAGCGGGAACCGAGCAACUCAAAGCCCCAUUUCACAUCAUCACGGAGGAGGUUCGUCCUCUGUUAGAGUACAUCCGCGAACAGGCCGACAGUAGCAGCAAUUUUGCUUUCCUUGCCUCCUGGGGCAUUUAUCAGGUGACUCGGGCCCUGGGCUUUCUUAAUGAUGACUGUCACCUCUCGCAUAACGCGGUCUGUGCCGCUGCUGUCUACGUAAAUCGCUCUAGUGAGUGGAAGUUGGGAAGGUUGGAUUACGUCACUCCAUUAAAUGAAGCUGGUGAACAGAAGUUGAACAUCUAUCGACCAGCCGCCUAUUGUCCACCUAGUGGCCACUGCAUUGACGCCUGGGGAUUAGCUUGCCUUAUCUGGGAAAUUUUCAACCCCGAGCCGUUGAUAGAGGCCAGUCAGUUGGGCGCGAAGGCGAGUCUGGAGCGUCUACCGCGGCCUCUGGUGGCACCCUAUCGGCGCCUUUUGGCAACGCGAACUCCUUUGGUUGCCUCGCGUGCUCGCUCGCCAUUUAAUGCCUUUCUGAAGGUGGGAUUCUUCCAUAAUGACUACAUCGAUACACUCCUCUUUCUAGAGGAAAUUCAGUUGAAAGACAAGGAGGAGAAGGCGCAGUUUUUGGGGAAACUGGGAGAGCGAGCUGUGGGACUGUUUCCAGAUGAUAUCUGUCGCUACAAGAUCCUGCCCCAUCUGGUUAAUAGCCUCCAAUUUGGUUCCACAGGCGUGGAGGCGCUAGUCCCAGUGCUCGAGUUAGCCCACCUCCUGCCGUCUGAGGACUUCGAGGUAGUGGUGGUGCCAGGUUUGGUGCGUCUCUUUGCUGCACCCGAUCGCUCUACUCGUGUUCGCCUGCUCGACCAGUUGCCGCGUUUCGUAGACAAGCUGCCGCAGGCUCUAGUGGAAACGCAGAUCUUCGGACCCGUCUCCGCGGGUUUCACUGACGCCAACCCGCUUGUGCGGGAGGCCACCAUACGCGCCAUGGUGCAUCUGGCGCCCUCCUUGCCACCGAAAAUACUUAAUGAUGCUCUGGUGAAGCAUUUGACUCAGCUGGAAUUCAAAGAUGAGCAGGGCGGCAUCCGCACCAACGCAACAAUAUGCCUUGCCAAAUUGGCAAGUCGUCUGGACCCUAGGGUGCGUCGUGGUCCCCUACUGAACGCCUUCCUCCGCGCCACCCGUGACCCCUUUCCACCCAGCCGUCAGGCCGCUGUUACAGGUCUAGCCGCUUGUCAAGCAUUCUUCUCGGCUCAGGAGUUGGCUGGAAAGGUAAUCCCCUGUCUCUCGUUCGUGGCUGUAGAUACGGACAAGGACAUUCGGGAUACGGCACUCAAGGCGCUGCAUGGAAUGGUCGAACGCUUGGAGAAGGCCAGCGAAGAUCCCUCUAUGGGUGAUGCGGACACCUCGGUGCUUGGCGGUCACGCCCCCUCAUCGAGAGCCACGGCGGUCGCAGCAGCAGGCGGAAAACUCACUGCCGCCGGCGCUACUAUUGGCAAUUGGGCACUUACUGCACUCUCCUCAAUCUCCUCCCGUCUCAUAUCCUCCUCCUCCACCUCUUCCACUGUGGCUGCGCAACAUGCAACCCAAGCUGCUUCAGGCGCCUUAACGCCCAGUUUAGUGUUGGACAACGGUUACCAGACGGCAGUCAGUGAACAACAGAGAUCAGGUUCUAUGGCCUCAUCAACAGCAACAGCGGAUGCAGCAGUCACUAAAAAACCAAACUUCUCAUUUAAUAUGACGGAGUGGAAGGAAGAAAGAGAGGAGGGUGACACCAAAGGAAAGAAGGGACCAGCAGGAUCCGGCUGGGAAGAUCUUGAUGAUAAGGAUGAUGGUGAAGACGAUGCAGGAGGUUGGGAAGGUAACAAAGACGGUAAACUUGAUCUUUCGUCUCUCCCUGUCACUCCAAAGGCAGUGUCACCCGCGGCUGUACUGAAGCAAAAGCGACCCGAUGACCUACUUAUUGACUGGGACGAGUCGAUGCGUCUGCAACAGCAUCAUCAGUCAUCCCCACGGAUCAAUAAAGCGUCUUCGCUCGGUCCACAGCCGAGAGUGUCACCACAGUCAAUUAAGUCGUCGGUGAAGCAGGACUGGCAAUGGGGCGAGGAGGAGGCGACUGAUUGGAACACCAGCGCCACCGCCUCUGCUGCGCCCGCACUGCGACCACAGCCUGUAAAGGCAUCGUUGCUCAAUCCGCCACCAACAGUGUCAGCAGCGUCACUGCGCACAUCAAAGACGUCGGUGGGAGGCAUCACGACGAUCGGAGCUUGGGAGCAAGCGAAGUGCGUAGCAUCUGAGGAUGAUUUCUUUAAUGAGUUGCUCGGCUCAAAAAGCACAUCCACCUUCGGCAGUUCGAGAGCUUCCAUCGCCUCUGGUCAUCACUCACCUGCUCUGCGACACUUCAAAACACCAGUGGCUGCGCGAAAGCCAGUAGAAGUGGAAAAGAAGGACGAUGAUGAUGGUUGGGGCGCUUGGUGA